UCUUGUUGUUGAUCCGUACCCAGUGGGCAGCGCCGGGAGCUGUACCGAGCGGCCGGUGAGGGGCCGCUGCUGCGGGGUUCAGCCACCUGCGCUGCCUGCCAGGGGGCGGGCCGAAACCUGGAGGCCCAGGGGGCCCAGCUCCCGUGGGGAGCCGUGGGCGCCCGCUGCCCAGGCCAGGCCGAUUUUAUUCUGAUGUUCCCUGAUUGAUUUGGAGAAUUUAUAGUUGCUAUUUGGACAAAAAAUUGGUUUGGUGGUUGAGUUCCUGGAACAUUUUUUGCACAAUGUUUCUGACUCCUGGAAUCCUGAGAGCUCUACCUGUUCAGGCUGUUUAAUUCUUCAUGUCACAUGAAAGUCAGGAGAAGAAGCUGUGAGAGCAGAGAGGUUUGCAACCUGCUCUUAAGGGAAUGACAUAUCUUUGAAGCCAUCUUUCCACUUUUCUAAGUUGGGAAGUUGUUGAUGGAUUUGUGUGGGUAAAAGUCCCCAUCUGUCUGGAACUAUGGGUGGUCUAUGAGGACAGAAUAAUAAGCUGAACAGAGUCUGACCAUUGGCUUUUAGCUUGCCAGGAUCUUCAACCUAGCUCUCCUUUUGUGGCCCAUGUGCUGCCUCCUCUGCCCUCAGUGUGCAACUGGCCCCCAACGCAAUGUGUGUUUGUCAAACCAUGGAAGUGGGGCAGUAUGGCAAGAACGCAAGUCGGGCUGGAGACAGGGGAGUCCUCCUGGAGCCCUUCAUCCACCAAGUGGGCGGACACAGCAGCAUGAUGCGCUACGAUGACCACACUGUGUGCAAGCCCCUCAUCUCCCGGGAACAACGAUUCUACGAGUCCCUUCCUCCUGAAAUGAAGGAGUUCACCCCUGAGUACAAAGGCGUGGUGUCUGUCUGUUUUGAGGGAGACAGUGAUGGCUACAUCAACUUGGUGGCCUACCCUUAUGUGGAAAGUGAGACUGUGGAGCAGGAUGACACACCAGAACGGGAGCAACCUCGGCGCAAACACUCCCGCCGGAGCCUGCACCGGUCGGGCAGUGGCAGUGACCACAAGGAGGAGAAAGCCAGCCUGUCUCUUGAGACCUCUGAGAGCUCCCAGGAGGCAAAGAGUCCAAAGGUGGAGCUAUACAGCCACUCCGAGGUCCCUUUUCAGAUGCUAGACGGCAAUAGUGGUCUCAGUUCUGAGAAAAUCAGCCAUAACCCCUGGAGCCUGCGCUGUCACAAGCAGCAGCUGAGCCGCAUGCGCUCUGAGUCCAAGGACCGAAAGCUCUACAAGUUCCUCCUGCUUGAGAACGUGGUGCACCACUUCAAGUACCCCUGUGUGCUGGACCUAAAGAUGGGGACCCGGCAGCAUGGUGAUGAUGCAUCAGCAGAGAAGGCAGCCCGGCAGAUGAGGAAGUGUGAGCAGAGCACAUCAGCUUCGCUGGGUGUCAGGGUCUGUGGCAUGCAGGUGUACCAGCUGGACACAGGGCAUUACCUCUGCAGAAACAAGUACUAUGGUCGUGGGCUGUCCAUCGAAGGCUUCCGCAAUGCCCUCUAUCAGUAUCUGCACAACGGCCUAGACCUGCGAUGUGACCUUUUUGAGCCUAUCCUGAGCAAACUUCGGGGCCUGAAAGCUGUACUAGAGCGGCAGGCCUCCUACCGCUUCUACUCCAGUUCCCUGCUUGUCAUCUAUGAUGGCAAGGAGUGCCGGGCUGAGUCCUACCUGGACCGCCGGUCUGAGAUGCGUCUCAAGCACCUGGACAUGGGGCUCCCCGAGGUGGCGUCAUCCUGUGGCCCCAGCACCAGCCCCAGCAGCACCAGCCCUGAGGCAGGUCCCUCCUCUCCACCCAAGGUGGAUGUCCGCAUGAUUGACUUUGCACACAGCACGUUCAAGGGCUUUCGGGAUGACCCCACUGUGCAUGAUGGGCCGGACAGAGGCUAUGUAUUUGGCCUGGAGAACCUCAUCAGCAUCAUGGAACAGAUGCGGGAUGAGAACCAGUAGGCCCAGUUCUGGGCCCCCAGAACCCCUUCCUCUCCACCUGCAGGCAGGGACCAUUGCUCUGAACUUGCCGUGAGGACACAGACUUGCUUUUAAAGGGUUAUAUUUCUCUCUGGUGUAAACUAAAAGAAAUGUUUUUAGCAGUAGCCUGGAAUCCAUAUAUAUAAAGUGAAGGAGGGCAGAACGUAUGUCUUCUCAGCCAGGCUCCUAUGGCUCUGACUGCUGUGUCUAGGCUGACUUAGGAAGGAAGAGGUGCCCCUGGUGGGCUUGACAGCAGGGACAGGAUGCCCUUGGACAUUGGUUUCUCUUACCUAGGUCUUUGGGGUCUGUGGCUGCAGGACCCUGCUGAUUGUGGGGUGAAGCCCUGGGCUGGCUCAGGGCCCCCCUUUGCCCACUUACCCUUAUUCCUGAGAAGUGGAAGGGAUUGGGUGCCCAUCUCUUGGAGGCUUUCCAGUCUUGUGCUGUGGAUGUCAGUUAGCUCUUUAAUAGAUGCCCUCAGGGCACCAUAGGUCUGACUGCAUACAGCUGGAUCCAUCCUUCUUGGGUCUGACCUUGGCAUCGGGCUAGGUUAAUGAAGCUGGGCUGAUGCUAACUCAUAGCAGAGGGCAGGUCCUGGGUUCCCUAGGCACGUAUUGGCACGUAACUCUACUCUGCCUGCAACCCCAGCCAGCCUCUCUCACCAAGAUCCCUUGCCUGAGAAGGCCACUCCCUCCUGCCCCACUGAAGGGAGUGCAGCUCUGUUUGCCAGAAGAGUGCUGUCCUAGUAUGCCUCAGGGCCUCUAGCGGCUCUGGCCCAGACAGUAUUUGCAGUUCUUGUACUGUGAGUAGGAAUCCUCCUCUAGUUUGGGCAGCUAUGCUGCCACUGGAUGGGCUGCUCCUCCCAGGGUUCAAGGGCUGUGGUCCGCUCAGGGUCUCACAUUUCCCCAGGCCAAGCUCAAGGCAGCACCCCUUUGUGAGGCACUCCAGGCCCUGGGCCUGGAGGGAGAACUUUAUGCUUGUUUGCUCACGGGGACAUGGUCUGGGCCCUGAGUGCAGGUGCCCAGAUUCCUCUAAUGAGAGCUUUGUCUGACUAAUCCUGGGGUCUCUCAGUUUGUCCAUGUGUCCACCUGCCAUCCCUCAUCUUUUGGGACCCUUCCCCUAGGUUGUAGCCUUGCUCAUUAGUACAUAUUGAUUUCCUUCAUGCUCUUUCCUCAGCAAAAUACCCUCUUUCCCAUUUUUGAAAUGAGCUUUUGCCCUUGUUCCCUUCCUCUGCAGGUGCUGCCUUUUUACAAAGACAUGGUAGCAGAAUGAAUUGUAGGUGGUGUUUCCCUGCUGGCCGAGCACCCUUUCUGUGGGCCUCGAAUAUGGCCCUCAGUACUGACAGUGGGGCAGUUAAGGCUCAAGGGGUGACCCUUUCAUUCCCAUGGUUUUAGUCAUUUUUGCUGCUAGCUCUUAGUGGCAUAGAAAUCUGCCUCUAACAGGUGGCCAGGAGGUGGCACUGAACUCAGCCAUUGCAAAGGCCAGCACCCUCUCCUCUGAGCCUAGGGCUACUCUCAUUGUCCCUUUUGGCAGAUUUCCUGUUUUAGCGUUAAAGGCAAGCCAGCUAGCCUGUGUCUGUGAGAGGCCUUGGUAACUGAUGGACUAAUUUCCCAGUCCUUGGAGAUGCAGCCUCUUACAGUGGGCUCCUCGAUGGACCCCAUCUCUCUCAGCCCUCUGACCUGGUGCCAGUCAUGGGCAGGUUCCCAUUCCUUGGGGCUGGGAGAGGCAGCUUGCCUGUUGCUGGUCAGAAAUGACCAUUUCUCCUAUACCAUUUUGUGGCGUCAGCCAUGGAGGCAGUAGCUCUUCAGUAGAGUCAUUCCCUGGUAGGGUAGAGGAUAAGACAAAGGGUCUGGAGCCAUUUGGGACUGCCUGGGGAUGUUCUGUGCCUCCCAAGUUCCUAGGUAGUGGGAGCAGGUGCUGCCCCCCAUUCUGGCUGCUGCUCAUAGCGAAGGAGCUUGUGGCCACAUCCAGUGUUUGCCUAGCACUGGAGAGUGGAAAGGCUUGGGAUUUGCUGCUUCUCCCCCAGGGCAGGGCUCCUCUUUUCAGCACUUUUGACACCUGGAGACCCAGCCUUGUUACCGGUAGUGGGCAAGUGUGUGCAUACUCAUUGCCACUGCUCUUUUUCUCUGCCCUAGGCCAGAGAGCCCUGUCCCUGCCAGGCCCUGCCUUCCCAGCCCUAACUUGGGACCAAAGUGCAACAUGGGAUCAUGGGUUGGGGCGCUCAGGUGACCCUUCUCUAUUGUGCUUCCCUGGGCCAAGCCCACACCAAGGGGGGGGGACGGGUGGUGCUUAAAGAGGAAGGGGACCAGUGUAGCAACUUGCCAGGGACCCCACCCCCUCCCUCUCUGGGCCUAUGUAGUGGGCCUGGGAUUCCCACCAAGGGGCCAGGGGGGGCUGUGCUAGUUCAGUAGCCGCUGCUCACACGCUCACACCUGGUCACAUGCACGUUCCCUAGAUGCAGAUUGCUUUGAACUUUAAAGCUGUACAAUUUGGUUAUGUUUGUGUCAAUUUAAAAAAUAUUUUAAUGAGGAAAAAGUGGAGAACCCUGGAAAGGGCCUGGUUCCUUUGCUUCUCGGGGAACUGUAAGACCUUGCAUUCUGGGAAUCGCUCUCUGCUGCUCUUUCCUGGAAGCUAAGCCUGUCUACACCGCCCGAGGCCUGCGCCCGGAUACUACACGUGGCUCUGGCCGCAGUUGCGCGUUUUCUCGGGACCUUGCGUGUGGGGGAGGGGGGCACUUGGCCGAGCCCUCCCCUUUCUGUACACCUAGCGCUGCCCACCCUGCUUGUGUCUGAGGUCGUGUAUGUCAAAAUAAAGCCGCUAGAAACAGG